GCGUUUCCACGCUGACGUCAGUGGGAUACGUAAGCAGGCUGACCCCAGCAAGGUGCCGCGCGCUGAGUGACACGUACCGUUUAUAAAGACGAGGAAGGAAGCGGAACGGGCCGCAGCAGCACCGAGCUCAGGUUUGUCUCCACAGGACGCUUUGACGGAUCAGGUCCAGGUCUCGGUCCCGGUCUCAUCAUGAACGUGUUCGACCGCAGCAUCAACCUCGAUGCCCUCUUCAAGUUCUCCCAGAUGUCCCGGUCCACCCAGGCCCACCUGAAGAAGGUGUACUCCAGCCUGGCGCUCUGCAUGCUGGCGGCCGCCGCCGGCUCCUACGUGCACCUGGCCACCCGCCUGCUCCAGGGAGGCGUGCUGUCCGUGCUGGGCUCUCUGGGGAUGAUGUUCUGGCUCGCCAUGACGCCUGCCAGCCCGCACACCGAGAAGAAGAGGCUGGCUCUGCUGGCCGGCUUCGCCUUCCUCACAGGAGUCGGCCUCGGCCCCACUCUGGACUUGGUGAUUGCUGUCGAUCCGAGCAUCGUGGUGACGGCCUUCCUGGGGACGGCGGUGGUCUUCAUCUGCUUCUCGCUCAGCGCUCUCUACGCUCAACGCAGGAGCUACCUGUUCCUGGGCGGUACGCUGAUGUCCGGCCUGUCUGUCCUCUUCCUCAUGUCUCUGGCCAACAUGUUCUUCGGCUCCGUCCUGCUGUUUAAGGCCCACAUGUACCUGGGGCUGCUCGUCAUGUGUGGCUUCGUCCUGUUUGACACUCAGCUCAUCAUCGAGAAGGCGGAGAACGGAGACAAGGACUACGUCUGGCACUGUGUGGACCUCUUCCUGGACUUCAUCACCAUCUUCAGGAAACUGAUGGUUCUUCUCACCAUGAACGAGAAGGACAAGAAGAAGGAAAAGAAGUAAAGGAACGAUUUGAAGUGUAGGAAAUUUAAAAAA